UUUACAAGAAUAAGUUAGUAACAUCAAUGCUACAUAUUCUUGUAAUACUGUUAAAACAUAGGUUCAUUGUGGGAACAAAUAUGUAGUUAUUUUACUGAAUCAGCCAUUUGAUAAGCAAGAAAAAAUCAAGAAACUUUGGGAAAAUGCUGUUUUAAGAGUGGCUGUAGAUGGAGGAACUAAACACCUUUAUGACUUGACUGAGGAUCACAUGGCAAAUUGUAUACCUCAUCUUAUAACAGGAGACUUUGAUUCUCUUGACUUUUCACUGCAAGAGUUCUACAGGAAAAAGGGUAGCCAGAUCAUCCAUACACCUGACCAGAAUGAGACAGACUUCACUAAAUCUCUCCGAGAGUCCACAAAUUUCUUAAGAGAGAAGAAUAUAUCUGCCGACUCAUUCCUUAUUGUUUGCCGUAAUGGUGGACGUAUGGACCACAUUCUGUCCAACUUGAAUACUCUGUACUUAGCUAAAAAUAUCACUUGUCUUCCAGUAUUUUUAUUUUCUGGUGAUUCAAUAAUCUGGUUGCUUGAUGAGGGUCAACAUAAAAUUCAUGUACCUCCAUCUGUUCACCAUCUUCAUUGUGGUCUAAUACCAUUAGGGGAACCAUGUCAUCAUGUCACCACUACAGGCCUUAAGUGGAACUUGCGAAAUGACAGGCUAAAUUUUGGUGGCCUUAUCUGUACCUCAAAUACUUUUAGUGGCUUAGAAGUUGUUACUGUGGAAACAGAAAGGAAACUCUUGUGGACCAUGGGCACUGAAGAAUAAAAGAAAUGGUUGGUUCUAAAGAAGAAUGAACUUACCAAGACCAUAAUUAUUACACCACCACAUUUAGUGUAACAAAAAUUUUCAAAUUUUUGAAUAAUGUAAAGACUGUCAAAUCAAAUGUUAUUUUUA